GCCUUAUCCUGAGGUGCACACAGCUGUCCGUGAAUCAGAGAGGGAAGAAAAAAAUCGACUGAAGCACACAAUGCAGUUUCACUGUGGGGCUUAUCCACCCAGGAUUCACGGACUGCCAGCUUUUCAGAUUAUAACGAACCGUAUAUGUACCUGAUUUUGACGAUCAGAUUUCAGUCUAACGCUUUAGAAAUCCCUGUAGAGACCGUCUUUGAGAGAGCAGUUCAUCUACACCGCGGCUAAAAGAGGGAAAUAGAUUCAGCUUCGCCCGACUGAGUGGAUUAGACAGAGGGCCGCGGGCGGAAGGAGGUGCCCUUCCCGGCCUACUCUACAGGGCUCGGCCGGCGCUCCCGCAGCUGAAACUCGAGCUCGGGGCCUCGGGGCCUGCGGCGGCUCUGAUGAUCUGAUGGAGAAACGAAACGGGCAGCAGCCAGAAGAGAGCGAUCCGAUACAUCGGCCACUUUGGAGCGGUGGGUACGAUCGGAAUAACGCCGCUCUGAUUAUCGCUUAUACAGCACAAACAAGCGAGGGCGAUUUUUGUGUUUGAGAGAGAGCGGCAUCUGCUGAACAAUCCGAGCAAGUGGAAGCAUUUUUUUGGGCUCAGACGGCUUCACCUUUCUCUCCUCUGCUCGUCAAAGGAUCGCUAGCUUUGGCUGGCUAACCAAAGAUGAGACCAAUAAUGUCUUGACACGACGACGGUAACGCAGAAGGGAAUAUUCUAAAUAUAUAGAACCUUUUUUAUGGAGACAGUCUCACAGAUGGACAGGCAUGACUCUCAUAAGACAGCACUGUGCUGACACCAUGCAGUCUACAACUGGUACAAAGCUAUAAGCAAGAAUAUUAACUCUGCUUUAAACUGGGACACCUACAUUGGUUAAGGAGGUUUUGGGUGUCUUCGGCUAAAGUAAGGUUCCUUCACGGGCCAGGUGUUAGUGCCUUGUGUGUGGACUUGCAGUACUUUUUGACAUGGACGGUCCGAGUCGAAGCGGAGGGUUAAGACAGAGCCGUCGCUCCCGUUCUCAGCGCGACAGAGAGCGGCGGCGAAGGAGAGCAAACCUUGGGCCUUCGUCACCUUCCUCAGCCUCGGAUCAGGAGCUUUGCAGAGGAGACUCCCUCCUCGGUGCUAGUGGUGGAGAAUGUCGGCCCGUCUUUCCUGGUGCCAGACACCGGCCCCCGCGUCGGAGGAAGCGAGAAUCGGUGUCGUGUGAGGAAGACAUCAUUGAUGGAUUUGCUAUAGCCAGCUUCAUAAGCUUGGAGGCCCUGGAGAUGGACUGUUCUCUGAAGCCACCAGAGCGAGCUGGAAUGCUGAUGGGGAGAGGCAACAAAAGGAAGAGAGGUGUGGAUGAGAAUGGCGGGCCUCUCUCAGAGCGUGAGGAAGGAGCUCCAGCUACGUACACCACCAGCAGCUGGGAGAAACGCAAGAAUGAGAAAAGGAAGAGAGAGGCUAAGGUCUCAGGAAAUCUCAUGGAGACAGGAUACAUUUGUGACACGGAGAGUGAGUCAGGAGAUAAGGCCUCUGACAAUGAUAUGGAGCCUACGUUCAUCGUUAGCACUAGAGAAGUGGUAUCCAACCCAGUGAGCAUGGCUUCUUCUGUGAGCAACGGCUGCACCCUGUUGCCUUCAAACAGUGGGCCACCCCGUCUGUCAGUGACGCCCCGAGUGUCUGGCUUAGAGCGAAGUCAGGAGAGGAGUCUGGAGCUGCCUUAUCCUGAAGCUACCUCGUCCGGUCUACCCGGCCUUUUGCCCCGCUCCCCUGCCUCUGUUGCGACCCCGCCGUCUGAACAGCACAAUGGAAAUGCUGGACCACACCAACGCAGUCCCCCACGACAAAAGCCCUUUCUCCCCUUCCCUAGCCGGACACAAACAGUCUUCAGUAAUGGGAACAGGAGUGGUACCUCAGUUAAGACUCAGUCUUCAUCUGCCUCUUUAUCAAUCCGCCCGCCCACACCCUCCACUAGUGUGCCUGCUGGCCGAGGCCCUUCUGGGACAGGAGUGCUCCGCCCCUCUUCACGGCCCAGUCCUGGUGCUCUUUUCACCCCUUCUCCUGGCCUGCCUCCACCUCCUCCUCUCCUGCAGUCCCCUCGCUCUGCAACAGAUCAAGACUUGUACAGGCAAGACCUGAACACGCACUUCCUAGCCUCCCAGGGUGCAGAGCGUGAGAAUAGAGCUUCAGGGAGCAGUGCAGGAGUCAAUUCAAGCUCAGGGUCAGGAAGACCCUCUGCCUCUGCCUCCAGCUCGAGCACCUCCAGCAGGACUUCACAGGCCCAGGCCUCCAUCCCUGCUAUGUACCAGUUCCAUCACCAUAACCAUCAGCACCAACACACCCACACCCACCAACACUUUCUGCAUCCACCUGCUGCAGCACCUCCUAUGUUUGAGAAAUAUCCAGGCAAGAUGGAUGGUCUUUUUCGACACCCAUUUUUCUCUCAGUACCCACCACCUGUGCCUGGAAUUCAGCCUGUACUACCCCCAACUGGACCACUUAGUUCCCUACAAGGAGCUUUUCAGCCCAAGCUUCUUGCCCUCCAGGGACCUGCCCCAGAGAUGACUGCUCGUCUAGGAGUGGUACCUCCCCACCUGCAACCUAAAGACCCAAGAAUCUCAGAUCCAUUUGCACCUUCAUUGAAAGUCAGUAAUAAGCCAGGCAAGUGGUGUGCUAUGCAUGUGCGUGUGGCCUGGAUGAUUUUGAGGCAUCAGGAGAAAGUUAAGUUGAUGCAGGCAGAUCCUCAAAAGCUGGACUUCCGUAAUGACCUGUUGCCACGUCUCCCUGGGCCUGGUGGCAUAGGAGGAAUAGGGGGUCUUGGAGCACUUGGGGGUCCUUUGCCUCCAACUCAUGAACUGGCCAGGCCAGGCAGCCUCUUUGCAGCUGCUGGUGGAGUCAAUCCAUCCUCCACUCCAUUCAUCUCUCCAUCAACGCCCCACUCUUCUUUCCUCACCCCAGCAACACACCUGGAUCCAUAUGGCCGCUCGCCACCCUUCCCACCCUUGGGAGCCCUGGGCUCUGGUGCCUUCGGAGGACUGGGUAGCCCCUCACUGACUGCUAGUUCUGUGUUUGGCCAUAAGGCAGAAUCUUCUGCAAGUGCAGUAGGAGGAUUGGGUAACCCGCAUGAACAAUGGAAUCGCCUGCAUGUUGCCCCUCCCUCUUUCCCCUCAGGGCCCUCUUGGGCCAAAGGACUAGAGAAAAGGGAUGAGAGAGAGAGGGGAAAAGACAUGGAGAGAAGAGAGCUGACUCACAUAAAAGAUGAAAAGGACAGAGACAGCUUACUGUAUGGUCGUCCACCUGUGCGAAUGUCUCCCAGUGCCCCAUCACUCAAGCACCGCAGCAGCACCCCCAGCUCUCACAUGAAUGGCCUUGGCCCCCUGAGUGGAGGUGCUGGACAGUCAGAUGGACAAAGCAGGGAGCGGGAGCGUGAAAGGGAACGUGAAAGGGAAAGAGAGCCAGACAAGAGACACCAUUCAGUUUCAGCCUCCAGGGCACAAGCAUCGACUUCCUCAGCACCAGACAGACCUCGUUCGUCCACAUCGUCUGUUCUUGCGACCCCUCCUCCAAAUGCCCCCUCAGCACCCUCCCCUCUGGACCUAUUUCCCAGACAAGCACAUGCUCUGAACUCCGAGCCCUCCCAUCCAUCCCAAAGGGAGAGCAGCGGUCCAGCCUCUUCCUCCUCUUCUGUUAGUUCUCUUCCGGUCAAGAAGCCAGAUCGGACAACAACUCCAGUUUCUAAGCAGCCUGCUGGUCUCCCUCCUGGGCUGCCUCAUCCCCCAGUGAAGGUGAAAGAGGAGAGAAAAGAAGAGCCUGAACAAGUGCCCAUCUCUCUACCACACCCAGGCAUACCUCCUCAUAGCUUUGAGCGGCCCAACAGUCGCCAUACUCACCACCCUUCAACCCCGUCUUCAACCCUCUCAUUGACUCCCACACCUGGAGUGCCUCUUCCCCCUCCUACCCAGCACCCUACCCACCACCCUACCCACCACCAUCUCUCUCUCUUGGAUCGCACUCGUGCUAUUGAGGCUUAUCUGGGUGGAGCUGGCGGUUCGGCCGGACUGGUUGUAGGGGCUCCCGGGGAUCGAUUUUCAGUCCAUCCACAUACACCACCCCAAGGCCACUCUCAGCCUCCUCACAGCUUCCCCUGGGAUACGUGGAGGGAUCUUGCUGCUCAACAGCAGCAGCAUCGUAGAGAGAGUGUCUUGGCUCUGCAGCCAGAUCCCCAUCUCGCACUGCGCUCUGACCCACACUUCUCCCGCCUGUUUCAGCAUCCGCAUGCACGAUACCUAGAGGCAGAGAGGGCAGCAGCUGUAGCGGCAGCAGUGGCAGCUGGCCAACAUCAUCCACAAGCACCUACCUCCACUGCUUCGUCCUCAGUGGCCCGUCCAGAGUUUGGACUGAUGUCUCAUCCUUUUGACCGCCCACCUCAGGUUGGUGGUCCUGGUGGUGGAUUGCUGGAUGAGGAUCAGCGUACCCAGAUCCUGCGAGAGGACUUUGAGAGGGUGCGCUACUUUGGGAUGCAUCCACACCUUGCUGCACCUCAUUUGCCCAGCCCAUCUGCAGCCCACCUAGAGCAGCUGCAUGCAGGCUUACUGUCUCACUCUCAGCUCCAUCCUGCUGGAGCUUCUGCACCUUCACCGCAUCACUCACUCUAUUCUCGCUUGGGCCCCUUGCAUCCACAUGUUCCAAAUGGAAUUCUCGCUAAGGCACCAAGUCUAGUAGGGCCCUUGUCAGUUGGUGCACCCCCUCCGCUCAUUCCAUCUGCAACUAGGCCCUCCACUCCACCUCGUAGUUCCAGACUUGGUGGUGCUGGAGAUUUGGCCCUGUUCAGCACACACAAGGAUGGCGAGUCCAGAUAGUACUAGGUGAGACUGAAGCAGUUAAGGAAUUUACUGCUCUUGAACUGCUCUUCCUACUAAUGGAAGGACAUGCAGGAGCCCAACCUGCUGAAGCUAAAAAGAUCGUACGUGAGUGUUCUGAUGACCUGAGUGGAGGGCAGAGAGACUUCACAGGGCUGCUCAGUAUAUUUAUCCACUGUGGUUAUAUUGGUGCAAUUUAAGGUACUCUUUCUCCCCACUCCCCUCCUGUGCUUUUGAUUUAUAUUUAGGAUUUUGUUUCUCAAAGAGGCCGGUGGAUGUUCAGAGACUAAAGGCUGUGUCCUGUCAUAUGAAGAGAGAUGCAUACAAGCCUUGCAAGGCUGUUCUCCAGGCUGAUGGAUCCAGAAUUGUAUUCAGAGAUGAUGUUUGCAUUUUAACACAUCAGUUGACAUAUCUGUUUCCCUCUAUGAACUCAUGGCUGCAAAAAAGCCCGUAGAGAUUGAGAUCUGCAUAUGAAGAAGUGGGGAAAAAAAAGUUGAACAAUGGCUGAAGUAGUGCUUCUCAGAUUGUCUAGUGUGUGCUUUGUCUGUAACUAGAGAGAAAAAAAGCACUGUUGUAAAAUGAACUUAAAGAAACACAUCUUCAGCUUCCUGUUCUUAAUUAGUCCACAGCAGAGGCACAACUUCCAUGAACGUUACAAAGAACGUCUGCAGAUUUAUUUUAUUUUAAUCUUUAAAAACUAUUAUUAACUGUACAUCUUGUUUGAUAAUAUUUUAAAAUUUAAAGGAAAAAAUCUCAUUCUCCUACACUCUGAUACAUGAGCUGGGACAGAAUACAGUAGAAUAGUGAUAUUGCUUUUGUAAUUAUUGUUAACAUUAAUUACCUUAUAUAAUAAACAUAUUCACUGUUUGUCAUCAUGUCAUGGUUUCAGGUCUCACCAGUUGCACUCCCUUGUUAGAACAACUUUCUAUUUUGAUCCAGGAAAUGGCGGCACAUUACAACUGCUACAAGAAAGUAUAUAUACAAAAUGCCAGUGAACUGGGAUUGUAACCAUUACCAAGCCUGUCCCCUAUGUUGCUGGUUGCUGAAUAUAUUUAUGAAUGGUAAAAGAUCGAAUUCCCAAUGUGGAGAACAUCUUCCACAAAAGACCCACGUCAGAUAGAUAUGGAGUGCUGUGUACGUGUAAACAAACAGCAGGAUUGAAGGGACUCUAUUUGAGAACAGGACAUUCUGGUUUAAUUAUUUGAGCAAAAACGAUUUUAUACCUUUUAAAUAUGUUCCCCUUGAAAAGAAAGCAACAAAGAUUAAUUAUUAAACAAAUCGUUGGUUAUUUA